UAGAAAUGGACGCUUGGGCACACUCCCUAACAGAAAUCGCCGCAAGAACCGGCCCUAUGUCACCAGAAGUGGAAGAAGCAACAACAAUAUCAAUGAUCGCAGCAUCAACAGCCCGCAAGGCAGCUUAAACUUGAGCAGCAGCAGCAACAGCAGAAGCAGCAGCAACAGCAGAAGCAGCAGCAGAGGUAGCAGUAGCAAAGGCAGCAGCAGCAGCAGCAGUAGCAGAAGGAGCAGAAGCGGCGGAAGCAAUGACAGAAGCAGCAACAGCAGAGACAACAGCAGAACAGUCAGAACAACCAUGCCAGAAUCUCUAACCAAGAGGUGACCCAAGUGGGUCUCUUUGUCA